AUGUCACAGUUUUACAGAAUCACCCAACUUAGAUCAACCAUUGGGAUGCCACCUCAGGUGCGCAAGAACAUCCAGGCAUUAGGAUUGAGAAAAAGAAACCAGGUCAUAUAUCAUAAAGUAUCUCCAAGCAUAGCACAUACCUUAGCCAAAGUGAAGGAACUUGUCAAGAUAGAUUUGGUUAAUGAAUAUAAAACUGCCACUCAGAUCAACCAAGAGAGAAAAUUCAAACCAGGCUUUCAAAUCGAAAAAGGCAGCUUUUUAAAAUCCUCUUAUGAAUAA